AUGACGGAUCAGCUUCAAGAGGCCAAGACGGUUGUGCGAGACUUUGUCUUGGAAAUGCGCGUGGGCCGGCGUAUGAUGGUACUCUCACCUAGCGGCCAGCUGAAAGCCACCACGUGCAGUCUCAAUGGUGACCUCAGCAUCUUUCGGAUUGUCCGGGCCAGCCAGGUCAGGCGUAUCUUGCUGACAAACAUCGGAGGCGUCUUCGCUGGACAAGAGCCUGAGGGCUUGAGCACGCCCUUGGAUGAUCUCUGCGCCACAAUGAUCAUCAGACCCUCUCGCGAAAUGGUCACCUUCCGCCUCGAGCACAUCAAUGCCCGGGACACCUUUGUCAUGUGCAUGAUGCUAUUUGCACAGUCACAGGGUGCCGAGAUGAUGGGCUUACCUCAAGAAGGUGAGCCCGAUGAAGAGGAAGAAGAUGAUGAGGUAGACCUGGUUAUUGAGGAUGCGAACAUUGGCUCUGCAACUGGGUCGCAGGCCUAA